AUAGAGAUAACAUGUCAAAUAGAAUUGUAUUUGGCGCGAAAGUCUUUGGAAUACGUGGAGUGAACCCCGUGGCGCGUUGUUGUGAUCUAACAUGGCGGAACGUAGUGUUGUGGCUGUUAGAUGUCUAUGUCAAUUUUAGAGUGAUUUCGGAGUAAUAAUACGAAAGCACGGCGAUGAUCCGUAGUUACAGCGUUGAAAGUAUUCGUGUUAGAUAAUCGUGUGAUUGGUAAUAUUUAGGUUGUAAGUGAGGAGGGUGUUGUUCUACAUCGGUUUUCCUCGCCGCGGGAAUCAUACACAGGCGGCAAGAGCGCACACAGGGCUUCGGCUUUUUUAGCAGAACGUUACCUUCCGACCUUUCACGACUACGAGCUUAUUUCAAUGAACUAUUCGAAAUAGGCUUGACACUUUGUAGGUUUACGUGACUGUGACACGUGCACGGAAGAGCGUGUACUACGCUAACUUUUCCCGCGCGUCCCAAAAGCUUUACUGUUGGCGCAGGUAUCAAGCUUAUGCAACUGACGAGCUUAUAAACAUCCAACAACGGUAAACAAUCUCAUUGUUUCGAGCAUAUACGUCGAAAUAAAAGGUACUUCCAUACGUCGAAUUUCAUUUCUCUAAUAAUAUCGACAGAUUUGACGUUUAUUAAUAUCGUCGUUAUCAUCGUCGUCGUCUUCGUUUAAAUCUAUCAAUGAAAUAGCUAUUCUUCAUCUAUUAUUUGUGCAGAGAGACACCAAGAGGAUUAAUUCGUCAUUUUGGAUAUACCUAAACAAUUGUUAUUUAUUAUUAAUACCAAUUCAAGUGCAUAUACAUAGAUACACUCAUGGUGAUAUAUGAGUAUUUUAUACUCACUCCUUCUAAUAUUGUAGUUUCUUCGAGACUGACUAAGGAAAUCAUUGAAUUUAGAUGAAUGAGUGGUUAUUCAGAAAAACUUUUUUUUAAUAAGUUAAGACUUCUGACUCUGCUGCUGCUACUACUGUUAUUGCAAUUACAACAACAACAACAACAACAUCAACAUCAACAACAAGUACAACAACGGCAUUGUGCUAUAUCUUAGUGGAUUAUGAGAGAACUAAUGAAAGUUUGGUAGAUAGAGGAAUUUUUGUGUGUGCAUUUAUUAUUUAAUUGAAAAUUUUGGAAGGGUAGAUAGAGAGAAAAGGAAGAGUCUAAAGAAUUAAUAUUCAACUUCUAAGGCAUGCGAGCUGGUUGGUGAUAAUACAUUUAAUAAUAAUAAUAAAAAAGGUAGCAGCAACUACGCAAGAUAUUUUUGAAAACAUGACGGAUACACGCAGAAGAGUUAAGCUUUAUGCGCUUAAUGCCGACAGACAAUGGGAUGAUCGUGGAACGGGUCAUGUUUCUUCUUCCUAUGUAGAUAGAUUAAAAGGAAUAUCACUUUUGGUUAGAGCCGAAAGUGAUGGAACUGUCUUGUUAGAAAGUAAAAUACAUCCAGAUACGGCAUAUCAGAAGCAGCAAGAUACCUUAAUAGUAUGGUCGGAGGGUGAUAAUUUUGACUUGGCCUUAAGUUUUCAAGAAAAGGCUGGUUGUGAUGAAAUAUGGGAAAAAAUCUGUCAAGUUCAAGGCAAAGAUCCAUCUGUGGAAAUAACUCAAGAUAUUGUCGAGGAAUCUGAAGAUGAACGCUUCGAUGAUAUGUCAGAUGCUGCCCCACCUAUAGAAUUGCCUCCAUGCGAAUUAAGUCGAUUAGAAGACAUUAAUGAAUUAAUAGGAAAUUGUUUGGCUUCUCCCAUGAGAAAAGAAAAACUUGCGGUGGCAUUGGAAUCCGAAGCGUACAUCAAGAAACUUUUAAAUUUGUUCCACACUUGCGAGGAUUUAGAAAAUAUCGAAGGAUUACAUCAUCUUUAUGAUAUAUUUAAAAAUAUUUUCUUACUUAACAAGAAUGCAUUGUUCGAAGUGAUGUUCAGCGACGAUACAAUUUUUGAUGUCGUUGGAUGUCUAGAGUACGAACCAACAUUGCCUCAACCAAAAAGACAUAGAGAAUAUCUUCGACAAUUAGCAAGAUUUAAACAAGCAAUUCCAAUAACAAAUGCUGAAUUAUUAGCUAAAAUUCAUCAAACGUAUAGAGUUCAAUAUAUACAAGAUGUUGUUUUACCUACUCCUAGUGUAUUCGAAGACAACAUGCUUAGUACAUUGAGUAGUUUUAUAUUUUUUAACAAAGUUGAAAUAGUAACUCUCAUACAAGACGAUGAAAAAUUUCUUACCGAAUUAUUUCGUCAGUUUACGGAUGAAUCCACAUCGGACAAUAAGAGACGUGAUAUGGUACUUUUCUUAAAAGAAUUUUGCAAUUUUUCUCAAAAUCUUCAACCACAAGGCAAGGAAUCAUUUUAUAAAAAUUUAACAGCACUGGGUAUAUUACCUGCCUUGGAAAUAACUUUGGCAAUAAAUGAUCCGCAAACAAAAACUGCGAGCAUUGACAUAUUAACGUAUAUCGUUGAAUAUUCCCCUAGUGUUGUUAGAGACUAUACAUUGCAGCAGAUAAAUAAUACUGAUCAGGACCAAAUGUUAGUCAAUGUAAUAGUCGCUCAACUAGUCGGAGAUAGCGAUCCUGAAUUGGGUGGAGCAGUACAGUUAGCUGGUGUCUUACGUCUGCUUCUUGAUCCAGAAAAUAUGUUGGCUUCAGUCAACAAAUCAGAAAAGACUGAUUUCUUGAAUUAUUUCUAUAAAAAUAGUAUUGGAACACUGAUAGCUCCUUUAUUAGCUAAUACAAUUGGCGAAAGACCGGCAAGAGAAGAUUACAGAACAGUGCAACUUUUAGGCCUGAUAUUAGAGUUAUUAUCAUUUUGUGUAGAACAUCAUACAUACCACAUUAAAAAUUGCAUUUUAAAUAAGGAUUUACUUAGAAAAAUUUUGGUUUUAAUGAAGUCAACGCAUACAUUUUUAGUAUUGUGCGCAUUAAGGUUUAUGAGAAAAAUUAUAGCUUUGAAAGAUGAGUUUUAUAAUAGGUAUAUAGUAAAAGGAAAUUUAUUUGCACCUGUAUUUGAUGCAUUUGUAAGGAAUAACGGUAGAUACAAUUUAUUAGAUUCUGCUAUCUUGGAAAUGUUUGAAUUUAUUAAGUUGGAAGACAUCAAAUCGCUUUGUAUGCACGUUGUAGAAAAGUUUUCUAAAGAACUAGAUGCAAUUGACUAUGUACAAACGUUUAAAGUAUUGAAAUUGAAGUAUGAUCAACAACAGGAUACUAAAGUCAUAAAGGAACACGAAGGUAGCAGAACAACGGUCGACAGGUACAUGUAUUCAAGCGUUCCAUCAAUAUUAAGAAACAGCCGAUAUCGAAGAGAUCAGAGACAGUUGGAUGAAGAAGAAGAAAUGUGGUUUAGAGAAGAAGAAGAUUUUGACGAGGGAGAAGCAGUGGUACCUGCAGCUACUGCAGAUUUGGUACCACCUGCUUCAGCUAAGAAACAAUCUUCAUCUUCUAAUUCUGCCCUCGGGUCUUCCCUUGCAGAAUCGAAAAAUCAUCAACAACAACAGCAACAACAAUCUGUGUUAAAUAAUAAUACAGCAAAUAAUAAUAUAACUCCUCAGCAAACUCCAGUAAAUAACAGUACAUCAACAACGAAUGAAACUCCAGUUACACCUGAGAUUACUCCUAGUUCUACCAUCGGUACUGUAGAAAAGGCAGGAAUUAUUAUUAGAAAGGGAUUGGUCGAUUAUGAAGAAGAUUCUGACGAAGAAGAUGAGGAUUCUGGAUUAAGUCCAUCCCCAAAACGACAACGGUUGUCGUGGUAGAUGUACUGGGAAUAUAUUAAAAGAAUGUGCGAUUUCCAAAGUUUAUAGUCAAAUAUGGCCCUCAUUAUGUGCACAAAAAGCUGAUCGAAAAGGUUAUACAAUCUAUUAAUUUACAGUAAGAAAAGAGUACUGGUUGUACUUUAUUCGCUGAUCUGAGUGAUAGACGCAAUGAAUAAGUGCUUUGUUAAAAUAUACAACGCGUGAUGAACUUUUACAUAUUUUUUUUCUUUCUUUAAUUGUGUAUAUUAAACAAAGAGAUGAAUGUGUGAGAAGACAGUGAUUGGAAAAUAAUGUAGAAACAAAAAUAAUAAUAAUAAUAAAAAAGAAAUAAUUAAAUAAAGGGAUAAACGUAUUGGACGACAGGAUUAACAGGACAAGAAAGUGAAGGUAAAACUAAAAAAUAAUUGUAUUAUUUAUAUUGCCGAAAAUAUCGGUAGCGCUCACUCAUUGAUUUAACUGAAUUUUAAAAUGGAUUAAUGAUGAUUUAUUAUUCCAAUUAAAUGAAAAUCUGCUAAGUAGGGAAACAUUUUCUCAGAUGAUAAAAUGAAAUAUUCUCAACCUCGUGAGUUUUCUAGACAUUGGUGUCUAAAUAAUACACUUGAGUCGAGAUUAAUAAAAAUCUAUAAACUGUGACUAUAAUAUUGAGAUGUACGAGUUCAUUGAAAAACAGGAACUUACUACAAGUCGUGUAAAGAACCAUUUUCGGAUGUUUAAGUACAUGAUCUACAAACCGCACAAAAACAGUUUGUGUCUUUGCCAUCCACGAAUUAAAAUUAGUGGUACGAGAGAUUGAAAUCUGUUUUUGCUAGGGUCAGGAAGCUACGAAUCUUUAUCCAACUACGGAAAUAAUAUUUAGUUUGUAUAUAUAUGUAUAUUUGUAACGAUUGUAAAACGACCACAUACUUGGAUUAAGCAGAAAAUAUGCGACUACUUCACAAUCUCAGUUUCCUUCAAGAUACAUUUGAAGACAUUUUCGGUUAUCAAUGUAAGUAGUAGAAGUUGUACAAUAAAUAUUUGAUUUGUGUAUAUUUAUCAGUUUGCACUUCAUGCCCGUAUAGUAAUCCUCGAUAUAAAAAAAAAAAAGAAGUUGAAAUAUUUAACAAAAUCUUGGAUAUAUAAUUAAGAAGUCUAGUAUAGUAUCUUUUGUACACACACAAAAAAAAACAAUAAAUCUUUUUUUUCUUUUCUAAUGACAAGGGCAAAAUGAGAAGCCUGGAAUAAUCUUUGUGCACUGAGAUAAAAAAAAAAACAAAAAAAAAGAACAAGAAAGAAAGAAUGUCUAAUUUAUAAAAAAAAAAAAAAUAUUCAUAUCUACUUAUAUUACGUUAUGUAGUAGAGCCGUGAGAUGAUGAGAAUAAUCUCGGAUACAGCAAUGCGUAAAUCUUAAUUUGUCAUUAAAAUUGAGAUUCUGUACGAUCAUGAGAAUAUAACAGGAAAAACGCCAGCUCCAGAAAAGAGUGUCUACUUUUCUAGUUUAAAUCCGUAAUUUUUAAAACAUAGUUAAGAUCUAUAGCGAAGAUGAAUCUAUUACUUUUGAACUAAAAUCAUUUAAACUAGAGCAGGCCUUAUAUACAGUGACCAAUUUGAAAAUAAAUUAUUGCCUUACCGAUUGAGUUGACUUUAUAAAAAAGAGAAAAAUAAAAAAA